AUGGUGCAGAGAGAAAUUAAUUGUGUUAUCGAUUUUCUGAAUGAAUCUUUUGAGCAGGCCCAAAAUUUGGAUGCAAAAUGGAACAACAUUUCUGGAAAACCUCCACUUUUUGGUAUGCCAUUCAGCGUGAAAGGGAAUUUUUACGUGAAAGAUCAUGAUUGCACUGUUGGACUUGCAAAGUUUUUGCAAAAACCAGUGGAAAAUGAUUGCACGCUGGUUACUUUUUUGCGAUCACAAGGUGCGAUACCGUUUGUUAUAACAACUGUCCCACAAGCGUUGUUGAGUUUUGCCUGUUGCAGCAGUUUGUAUGGAAUAACUUCGAAUCCACACUUGCAUUCCAGAACACCGGGAGGCUCAUCCGGAGGAGAAUGUGCACUACUUACCGCUGGCGGAAGUACAUUUGGGAUUGGAAGUGAUUUAGCUGGUAGUUUAAGGAUUCCAGCAAGUUUUUGCGGUGUUACAACUUUGAAGCCAACAGAAGGACGUUUAAAGGUGAAAUAUGCGCUGAAGGGGAUUAAUGGUAAGAGUCGUUUACCAUUGAGUUACGGUUUCUUCACCAAAACUGUCGAUGAACAAAUUUUCUUGCUUAAAAUUGUGCUAGGAUCAGAAGAAUACCAUGAAAUGGUUCCACAUCAGCCACUUUUUCCACUGGAUGAACGCAAAUUUUUUGUUGGAAAUGAUCGGUGUCUUCGUAUUGGUUAUUAUAUCGAGGAUGGUUUUAUGAAGCCUGUUCCAGCGUGUUCAAGAGCUGUUGUGCAAACGGUUGAGAAAUUGAAAGCAGCUGGGCAUGAACUGGUGCUGUUCCAUCUGCCUGAUCCGGAAAAUGCUGCUUCACUAUUUUAUCGUAAUCUUAUGCCAUAUGGUAAAGACCAAUUACUAAAAUUAUAUGCAGAUGAAGUAAUCCCUCCAUCUUUUCGUACUUUUAUCUUCCUUCUUAAGCUACCAUUUUAUGUGUGCAGUACUAUUAGUUAUAUUCUAUCAUUCAUCAGUACGUCACUAUCGAUAGUUGCUGGUUCGUACGUUAAAAGCCUUGGAGAUCUGCAAAUAACACAUGAACUAACUGAUCAAUAUACAGAAAAGUUUAUAGAGCAAUGGAAAACACUCGAGCUGGAUGCACUUAUAUGUCCAGCAUUUACAGUUCCGGCUGUACCGCACGAUUAUCCAAGCCGUCUUGGAGUUUGCGCUUUUGCGACCGGUUUGUUUAACUUGUUGGAUCUUCCAGCUGGAGUUGUGCCUACAGGAACAGUAAACUCGGAAGAUGAUAGAUUACUAGCUGAUGAAGAUUCCUGGCGUACAGGGAAGUUUGCAGGCAACGACUUCGCAUUGAAAAUGCUAAGAAAGGCAGCUCGUGAUUCAGCAGGUUUACCUGUGGCUGUGCAAGUAGUUACUUUACCGUUGAGGGAAGAAAAGUGUUUGUCGGUAAUGAAAGAGGUCGAGAAGGUAUGGAAAAAGUAG